CUCCAGGAUCAUGUUGGGAUCUUUGUUACGAUUGGAAGAUUUAUUGAAAUGUGAUCUAUGUGGAAAUUUGCUGCGACGCACAAACACUCUGAAAGAAUGCGGGCAUCGUUACUGUCAGGAUUGUAUAUAUGAUCGAUUAGGUCGAGAUCGCCAGUGCCCUGGGUGCCAUAUUCCAGCCAUUGUAAAGAAUUUACGCAAAGAUCCAAUGCAUGAUACUUUAGUGGCAUGUGUUCAGAAACUUAAGCUAUGUAUGGUCAAUGCUGAAUCUGUGUCCCUGACAAUGUCCAACUUUGAUACUGAUACUAAUACCAUUGAGUCUUUAGAAACCAAGGUUAAAGAGGAAUCAGUAGAUGAUAUAUUUGAAGUGGGUUUCUCGUCCUCCUUGAAUCCAACAUCAACAACACCAUCUACCUCUAUGCAACCACCAUCAACAGUAUCACAUACUUAUGAUAAUAGUGCAAACAGUUCAUCGUCACUCACUCGCCCUUCUCCACAACAAUCAGUACAACAACCUACUACAGAUAUUCCACCAAUAAUGACGAUAGUGAAUAAAGGAUGCAAUACAAACGAUUUGCUCUUGGCCAUGGAGGAUGAAGAACCAAAUCAAGAUGAAAUACCGCAAGAUAUUGAUAUCGAGAUAUCCGAUCAUCAACCGAUUCAAACUACAGCUUCUUUAAUGACACAAUCGGAUCAUAUAUAUGCAAAUACGGAUAUCUUGUUAGCAGCGAUGGAAUCAGAAGAGGUGAUAAUGGACGAUGAUAGUAGCGACAGCGAUAUUGACUCCAAGACGGUGCCUAGCAUUGUAUCAACUCACCAACAGAUGACAGAAGUAUGUACAACUCCCAAUCGACGACGAUUCUUGGAUAAUGAUAAGGAUAGCCAACAGGAAUCAUCAAGCAAGCAACGAAGAACAUACCAAGACACUUCAACUUUAACAAUACCAGCACAUAUGCCUGAAAAAGGGGUGACGUCUUCACGAUGGAAAUGCCCUAGUUGCCUAUAUGGUGGAAACAGUAUGGACCAAACUACAUGUGGCAUAUGUAGAAAGGAAAGGACAGCAGAUUCUUUGAAGGAACAAGAGCCAACAGCAGAUGAUACGACUGGUACAUUAUUACCAACAAUGAAUUUAUCGACAUCAAGUGAUAUUUGCGUGCCUUCUACUAUUGGCAUGGAUGUAUUGACACAACAACAAAUGUUGCAAAGAAGGCGUGAUCAAGGUGGCAUUAUUCAUUUGAUGACAACAGCACUGACAGCUGAGGAUACUGCUUGCUUGGAAAUUUCAAUGGCAUGGGCAAUCGAAACCAGUUUGAAACUAGAAGUAUACUCGGAGAUACGUGAUUUGGACAAUGUAACACAUUUGAUUACAAGUGUGAAUGAACAUGGUCUGUGUACAAGAACAAACAAAUAUUUACUUGGUAUCCUUACUGGGAAGUGGAUUGUCAAUCCUUCAUGGCUAACGGAUAGUGUACAUGCUGGAUAUUGGUUACCAGAAGAAAAGUAUCAAGUGAUAGGGGAUAAAUCGUCGGGUAAGACACAUGGACCUGAACGAGGACGACAACAACAAACAGAUGCUCUACUUUUUGGAUGGCGAUUCUUUUUAUAUGGUGAAUUUUCGAAUCAUGAAACAAAACUAAAUCUACUUCAACUUAUCAGAACGGGUGGUGGGAAAGUGCUUUUACGACGACCUACCUUGCAUCAACGAAAUCAAGAUCGACUGGUGAUCAUUGUUCCUUCCUUGGAGGCAUUGCGUGUUUCAACAAAAAGAACAGAUAAGUGGUUACAAGAAUACACCCAUGUCAAGGAUUCUCAAUGGCUGGUAGAUUCAGUGGCAAGAUGCGAUUGGUCUUUAUAGAUCCUCAUUACUUGGAUACAAAACAUAUAGAUAGAAUUGUAGUAUAUUUUUUUUUUCCAAUUUGUAUAUAUUUGAUGUAAAUAAAAGAUGAUAUUGAC